GGGCCAGGCAGUGGGGGAGGUCUAGGGUGGCUGGCUUCUGGCUGCGGGCAACGGGCUAAGCGUCACCUGCCGGGCUGGAUCUCAGGUCCCGCCCCAUCGAGCCCGCCCCUGCCCCCUGGCUCCCAAGGCCCCUCCUGCGCGCGACCGCGGAGUUUCUGCUCGCCGGCCAGCCUGGGGCGGCCGGCCCAUAUCCACCCUAUGAGGCAAAAAUAACUGAUAACAAAAAUGAAGACGGCUUUGAAACAACAGGAUGAGAGACUGUCUUCAGGUGUUAAUGCAUUUCUUUGCCUGUAAAACAAAGGAGUGGGAAUAAAUUAGAGUGGAAAACUCAAAUGCCUCCUGGCUAGGUCAAGACUGAGACCACCCCAUGCCCCAUUGGAGGAAGUCAUCAACUUCUUGGCUUUUUCAUCAUGAUUUCUUCUCUCCAGGGAUGGUGAAGUUGGGAAAAGGCUCCUGUAACUCCCCUCCAGAAUGAACUCCCUGCCAGAAGACAUGGAGAACACUCUCACAGGGAGCCAGACCUCUCAUGCUUCUUUGCGAGAUGUCCACUCCAUCAACCCUACACAGCUCAUGGCCAGGAUUGAGUCCUAUGAAGGAAGGGGGAAAAAAAGCAUAUCUGAUGUCAGGAGGACUUUCUGUUUGUUUGUCACCUUUGACCUCUUAUUUGUAACAUUACUGUGGAUAAUAGAGUUAAAUGUGAAUGGAGGCAUUGAGAACACAUUAGAGAAGGAGGUGGUACACUAUGACUUCUACUCUUCUUAUUUUGAUAUAUUUCUUUUGGCAGUUUUUCGAUUCAAAGUGUUAAUACUUGCCUACGCUGUGUGCAGACUGCGCCAUUGGUGGGCAAUAGCGUUGACGACAGCAGUGACCAGUGCCUUUUUACUAGCAAAAGUGAUCCUCUCAAAGCUUUUCUCUCAAGGAGCUUUUGGUUAUGUGCUGCCCAUUAUUUCAUUCAUCCUUGCCUGGAUUGAGACAUGGUUCCUGGAUUUCAAAGUGUUACCUCAAGAAGCAGAAGAAGAAAACAGACUCCUGAUAGUUCAGGGUGCUUCAGAGAGGGCAGCACUUAUACCUGGUGGGCUUUCCGAUGGUCAGUUUUAUUCUCCUCCUGAAUCUGAAGCAGGAUCUGAAGAAGCUGAAGAAAAGCAGGACAGUGAAAAACCACUAUUAGAGCUAUGAGUACUACUUUUGUUAAAUGUGAAAAACUGAGUGAAAAUGACUUGAAGGUACAAAGGACUGGAGAUGGGGUCUCCCUAUGGAAAGCUUGAAGUGGUGACCCUCCACUGCUGACUGACUGACUGGUGAAUAAAGGACCCAUUUGUUGUAAUACCUCACAGACACUGUACCAUAUUCACAUGCACUUAGUAAUCUGCUCGUGGCAGGUGAGAUAACGUGAUGAUCCAUCCUCUGUGCGGUGGCACUGAGUCUGAUCUGUAAUGAAAAGUUGCAGAGGUCUUAUGCUCUAUUCCUAAUCGACAGACUUCUUAAUAUAUUAUAGUAACACAAUUUUAGUAAGCAGAAUAUCUUUUAUUUGGAUUCACAGAAUGGAAUUGUUUUGUUUCAUGUCUCAGAUUUCCUUUGUAUUUCUUUUUUAACAUCCUGCAUUUCCUUUGUGUUUUUUAACUCAUGCACAUGUGUUCUUUGUACAAAUUUAAAAUGUAAUAAAAUCCCACAU